UAAAAUAUGUUUCAGUAUUUAAAUAUCUGUGGCAGUAUACAAAACAUUUCAAAAGUACGUGCCAGUAUGUCCUCAAAAAGUGGUGUUGAUUUCUUGAAAAAUUUAGCAAACUAUUGCGUUAAGCUCGGUGGCUUUGAUACUGUAUUAAAGGCAUGUCGUAUAACAGGUGGUGGUAAAGGUCGUUGUAUUGGUGAAUUUACUAUUUCCAAAGAACACUUAAAUGGUUUCGGAACGUUACAUGGCGGCUAUGCAGCUACAAUUAUCGAUAAUAUGUCUACAUAUGCAUUAAUGUCAGCCGAUUCACAUCCUGGAGUUUCUGUUGAUCUAAGUGUUAGUUAUUUAAAAAGUGCUAAAGAAGGAGAAGUAAUAGUAUUCGAUGCGAAAACUGUAAAAAUUGGUAAAAACAUGGCAUUUAUUGACUGUGUACUUAAAAAGAAAUCAGAUGACUCCAUUGUGGUUAGGGGCAGUCAAACGAAAUAUGUUGAUUUUAAUAAUGAGGAAUUUAAAAAGCUGCAUCGAUUUUAAGUUUCAUACAUAUAUUUUAUGAAAUAUAUAUAAAUAUUUGGAUGUUUCAAUUGAUGUUGUGUUUUUAAUAAGUUUAUACAUGUUUUUAAUGUGUUAAUUGACAUGUUUUUUAUAUAUUUAUAUGUUUUUUAAUUUCAAUAAAUCUUUGUUAUUAAAUCAUGGUAUA